GACGCGCAGAAAUUUUAAACUAUCGUCCUUCUCAGUAAUGGCGGCUUCGUUUCGUUCUCUCCCUGUAAGCUGUAAUAACAAAUGGUAUUAUACACGACAACAGAUCGACAACAGCCCUUCUCGGCGAGCUGGACUCGAUCCAGACAAGGAACUGUCCUAUAGACAACAGGCGGCGAACCUGCUGCAGGACAUGGGACAGCGGCUCAAUGUGUCUCAACUUACUAUUAAUACAGCCAUCGUGUACAUGCAUCGAUUCUACAUGGUCCAGUCGUUCACUAGGUUUCACAGAAAUGUUAUCUCUCCUGCCGCUCUCUUCCUCGCUGCUAAGGUUGAGGAGCAGCCCCGGAAGCUGGAACAUGUUAUCAAAGUAGCCCACGCUUGCCUCAAUCCUCAGGAUCCUUCUCCAGAUGUGCGAAGUGACGCCUACCUGCAACAAGCCCAAGACCUGGUCAUUCUUGAGAGCAUAAUACUCCAGACCUUGGCAUUUGAAAUCACCAUUGACCAUCCACACACUCAUGUUGUCAAGUGCACUCAGCUUGUUAGAGGUCUCGUUCCAGCGAGUAAGGACCUGGCCCAAACCUCAUACUUUAUGGCCACCAACAGUCUACAUCUGACCACGUUCUGCCUGCAGUACAGUCCGCCUGUGGUGGCCUGUGUGUGCAUCCAUCUAGCUUGCAAAUGGUCCAACUGGGAGAUCCCAGUGUCUACAGAUGGAAAGCAUUGGUGGGAAUAUGUUGAUCCUACUGUCACACUGGAACUGCUGGAUGAGCUUACACACGAGUUCCUUCAGAUCCUGGAGAAAACACCCAGCCGACUGAAGCGAAUUCGCAACUGGAAGGCUGCAGGUCAGACACCAAAAGUUAAGCCAAAAGUCCAGGAGGAGGGCGACCAGAGGGAUACCAUGAUGAGCAUGAUCUCUAUGGCUUCUUCAGAGAGCACUGUUGCAGGCCUUAUGAGCCUCUCGGCUCCAGCGUUGUCCCCUUCUUCGUCAGCCAUGGGUGACAAGGAGCGGCCCGGUUCUGGUAGUGCUCCGACUUGGAGUGGAAAAGGUCAGGUAGGAUCGGAACAACAGCAGGCCAACCAUGAGGUCCACACUCCAGCUAAGGUAUCGCUAAGUGAGUAUCGUGCCAAGAAUGCAGAUGUCCUGGCUGCGCAAAAGAGGAAGCUGGAGAACAUGGAGGCCAGUGUGAAGAGGGAGUACGCCAAUGCAGCCCAGGCUCUGAUUGGUCAGCAGCAGAGAAAGGACAAGCAACAGCAACAUCACCAGCAAACCAGCUCAUCCUCAUCCUCUGACAUAUCCAACCCUUCGCCAAUUAUUCUCAAAAUUCCCCUGGAGAAGGAGAGGCAUGAAAGAAGCGCUCUAAAAAUGCGUUUCCCAGUAGUGGGAGGAGGAGGCGGUGGGCACAGUGGCAGUGCUCGAGUUCAGGAUCAGGACAUCAAAGUCAGAAUACGAGUGCCUGAGAAGCAACGGGUGGGCUUAGGAGAGGAGGGCAAGAGCAGGGAUAAGCACAGGGAACGUUCUAAUCACCACCAUCAUCACCACCACCACCACCACCACUAUUCCUCCACGGGUGCUGCCUCGCUUUCCUCUUCUCAUAAACAUUCAACAAGUUCUAACUCCACUGGGAUGUUAGGAAGUAGCAAAAAACUCCCCAGUGACUCCACUAGAACAGGCUCUUCAUCCUCUUCAGCCUCACGUAAGAGGACUCACUCCCACGAUGUUGCAGCAGGCGCUCACCCUGCCUCAAAAGUCAGCAAGUCCACUAGGAAUCCAUUCCACCUACCGUCCCUGUCUUCAUCUUCGCAAAAUCUGGGGCCCAGUCCUGACAUUCUCCCAACUCUGGGCCUUCCCCACCAUCAAGGGAGUUAUUCUCUCUCCAAAAGUGACAAGACAGAAACUAAUGGACAUGGUACCUCAGGUCAGUCAAACGAGUAUCAGGACACUUUUGAAAUGCUGAACUCUCUUCUGAGUGCCCAGGGCGUCCAGCCGUCCCAGCCGUCCAUGUUUGAUUACAGAUCCCAGUAUGGUGACUAUCGUUACACUGGUGGUUCCAGGGGCAACAACCCCAGGCCGCCACCCCUGCCUUCAGAUCCGCCUCCACCACUACCACCAUUACCCAAAUGAGUUUCUGUAGAUGUUUUGUACAGUAAUGCUUGAGCACCCCAUUCUGUUGCUUAUAGUAUUGUAUAAUUAAGAACUUUACAAUAGAUUUGAUGUGGCUUCAGCGGGGCAACUGAGAAAUGUACGAGAGGUUUUCUUUCACACUCCACAAUGGCGCAGUGAGAUGCCUACAACGCUUGGUCAAAGGAAAGUGUAGAAAACUUUUAUUUUCUUUUUAAUUGAAAUGUGAUGAUGGGGACCUGAUUAUUGCUUAGGAUGUCAUCACCUUGAAAUCAUGAGGAAAAUGUCUGUUAGGUUGACUUAUUGUGUUUUUAUACUGUUUUUAUUGUGUAUUAUUUAUUAAUUGAAUGCUUUGGAAAAAACAUAUUUCCCUUUUCUACUUUUUUAAAGUUUCCCUUCUGUGUUUUAUGGACAGAGGAAUAUUUUACUGUACAGGCUGGUUUGAGAGUGCAUGUCUCCAAAGCCAUCUUUUCAAAAUUUUUGUCAGUUAUUUUUAAACAGUCAUAACUUUAGAAAGUGACCCCAUCCCUGGUGUUUGUUAUUCUUUGCAUUAUUUGGUAAACUUGUAGAAAGAUUAUGGAAUAUUUAAACAAACAAGCUAUUUUUUACAUAUUGUUAAAUAUGUAAAUUAAGAGACUUGUACUUUUUGUUUUACAUUUGAGUGUUGCAGUCAUUGUUUUAAAUGGUUGUAUCAUAUUCAUAUACAAUUGUAAUGGUUACACUAAUGGACAAAGUUCAUACCAAGGAUAAAUGUUUGUCACUAGUCAUUAAUGGUUGAUAGAUGCAUUCAAUGAUACAUAAUGACAACAAAAAUGGUCUUUCUGCAUUUUAUUCCUUUGUUCAUCAUCUGUGGAUGGAUCUAUGGACAACGUAUGGAAGAUAAUCAAUUUGAAUAAUAAGUGAUUAAUCAUGGGCUUCAUGUCUGUCUUCAUGGUUGGUUUUCAUUUAUACAUUUUCUUUGGGAGUGUUUUAAAUGUGUAUAACUGUCAAUUCAUUCAGGUCUGAUUUUAAUCUAGCAGUAAACUCAGCCAUCAAGAUAAUCUUGUCUAUAAACCAUCCACAAUAUGUGAAUCAUAUGUGUGGAUUCUUUAGUUGGAUCCAAUUUCACAGAAAGCAACUUGUCAGUUUACGUCCACUAUAGAACGACAAGCUUGAUGUAUGCUGUCUAAAGUUUUAAGUUCUUAUUAGAGAAAAAUGGGGGAAGUGUCAUUUGUUGGAAAGAGAAUCAUUUAUGUGGAUUUGACUGUAUAGUAUUAUUGCUUUUAACUUACUUCUCUUCUUCAGUUUGUAAUAAAAGGUUUUAGACAGUUGACAGUAAUGCAGUACAACGAAUUAGCCAUACAAUUGUAAAAGGUUUUUGUUCCCUUGUUUAAUGAAUCGAUGAAAACAGUACAACUCUUUUGCUCAGGCAGCAGAGGUUUUGUUGUGCUUGGUUGUAACAGGGAAACAGUGAAUGCACUGAAUAUUUAUGUCGGUAGGUUUGCCUACAAUGCAAUUGACAAAGUAUUAACAUUUAUAAUGGUUAGUUUAUUAGAUUAAAUUUCCUGUAUAGGAGUGAAAUUUGUUUUAUUUGAUCUGGACAGAGCUUUCAAAUUAAGUAUUACAGUUAUGCUAUGAGAAGUGAAUACAAAAUUAUAUGCAUUUCAAAAUAAACCCAUGUAAAUGAGAACAAUUGAAGAUACUCAUGCAACCUAACAAUGCAAAAUGAUCUAGGUACAGUACGUUUCAUGUGUGUUUUUCCACAUCUUGGUGUUUAAAAUGACACUCAGGUCUAAAAAUGAAAUGUUUAGGGAUUUUAUUUUCAGUAAAAUAUUAUAUGUGAACACUGUUCUUUUUUAUAUCAUGUGGUUGCUCUAUUCUCAAUAAAGCCAAUAAAUGUUUUAAGAAAGUUCA